AUGUAUAUAAAAGAAAGUCGUGUCCUCGCAGACAGAGCAAGUCUAGCCCACCAUAUCAAAACGCACAAUACGGCAGACCCGUACCAGUGCAAGAAGUGUCCGUACAAAGGCAAGACCCAGAAGUACCUAACGAGACACAACAACCGAGUGCACGGAGGCAAACAGAAGAAGUACAGUUGUAAAUACUGCGGGAAACUGUUUCUAUUCAAGUCCGGCUUGGUGACCCAUGAGAGAGUUCAUACAGGUGAAAAACCCAACGUUUGUGACGUCUGUGGGAAAGGAUUCAACUCUCCGUAUUCGCUUUCAACACACAGAUUCAUACACUCUGAUGAGAAACCAUUCAAGUGUGUGUUUUGUGACUACGCCUGCCGGGACAGUUCUACGCUACGAAAGCAUCAAGAGAGGCACAUGGGAAUCAAGAAGUACCCUUGCGAUAUGUGUAACAAGAGAUUCUACUCAAAGUAUCACCUCACCGCUCAUAUGAAGGAGAAUCAUAUAGCCCCAGAAGACCGGAGUCACGCCUGCGACAAGUGUGAAGCUACCUUCAAAAAUAAGCGAGGGCUCUUGACGCAUAAGAACUUAGUCCACGAGCGGACCAAAGCGUGCAUAUGCAACGUCUGCGGGGUGCGCAUACCCAACAAGUACAACCUGAGCUCGCAUAUGCGCACGCAUAUCAAUGUCCGCCCGUACAAGUGUGCCUACGACGGGUGUAAAGCCAGUUUUAAGGAUAAGGGAACUCUGAAGAAACAUUCGGUAAUCCACUUACCGCCUCAGUGGGUAUGCGGAUAUUGUGGACGGGGCUUCAGUAGACGGGUGCGGCUGGUGAGACACAUCAAGCUGCAUGAAAAGCCUGGGGCAAAGACCGAAGCUUGCCAGUAUUGUGGGGUGAGAUCUCACUACGCUUGCCGAGUCGCGGUGUCCAAUGAAGAACUCUUUUAUCCUAGAUUGUACCAGUUCUUCAUGACGGAGGGUCGGUCGCGUGUGCAGCAGAACGAUUUACUUCUGCACGAGGCUGUCAUCAAGAACGAGCCCGCAGCCGUCAGGGAGGCGCUGCUCAGGCCCACGGAUGUCAACUGCAGGAACAACUAUGGCCGAGCACCGAUACAUUGGGCAGCUAGCAGAGGCAACGUAGAAAUCAUCAAACAGCUUAUCGAAGCAAAGUGCGACAUAGAAGCUGCUGAUAAGUUCGGCAUGCGGCCGCUUCUCAUGGCCGCUUGGCACGGCCACCUCGACGCGGUUAAGGCGCUCGUCGCGGCCGGAGCCUGCCUCGCAGCUACUAACAAGAAACACAACGACAUCCUCCAGUGUGCGUGCUCGCGGGGUUCCUUAGACGUCGCUGCGUACGCGCUCAGUCUCGGAGCCAAGGUCCAAGGUUCGGACGCUGCUGGUGACGCGCCGUUAGCAUUAGCAGCUCGCGCCGGCCACACCGCUCUGGUGGAGCUGCUGUUGGAGAAAGGCGCUGACAUUGACGCUAUUAAUAAGGUCGGGCGUACCGCUCUACACGUGGCAUGCGAGAGCGGCCACUCGCCCACCGCUGUUCUCCUGGUAGCCAAAGGCGCGUCCAGAGAAGCCCGAGACAACUCCGGGCGGACGCCGCUCCAUCUAGCGGCGGUGCACAGACACACGGAGCUAGUGCGGGUGCUGUUGGAAUCCGAGUGUCACGUCGACGCGACCGAUAACAACGGUGUGACAGCUCUGCAGAUGGCAUGUGCACAAGGCUGCCGCGGCAUAGUAGAGCACUUGCUGACAUUCGGGGCUAAUGUGCACUUACAGAAUAAUGUGGGGUCGUCAGCUCUUCACGCGGCGUGCGCGGCAGACGCUACCGACAUCGUCGAGCUGCUACUGGCCCACGGAGCAGACCCUGCCCUCACUGACCAGUGGUCCCAGUCACCAGUCAGCGUGGCUGGUGGUGCCACCGAUUGCCCGCCGGAGGGGUUCCGCCGUGCCGCAAGGGGUUCCUUCUCAGCCAUCCUGGAUCUGCUCACAGCCACGGCUAAUUUGACGGUUCCUGCGGAGCACUCGGACGGGUCGACCACGCCGCGAAACGACAAAUCCGGAGGCCACUCGCCAGCCGCUAAUGAAGGGGAAGAGGCGGUGAGCGAGAGGUGAUGGUCGGCCAGCACGCUCCUCGACCGCCUGGCGCAGCGCGGCUUCGCGGCCGACACCCGGCUGGCCCUGCCGCCGACAGGUUGCGCGCGCUACCGCGAGCUGUGCUACCGGGCCGCGCACGCGCACACGACGGACGAGCCGCCGGCGCGCGCGUGCGAAUGCGUCAACUGCUCUGCACGUCGCGCCUCCUCCUCGGAGCCCUGAGCCGCGCCCGCUGGCGGCCUCACCGCCGCCCUGGCGAGGCCCAUCCCUUCCUUCAUCCUGCCUUCGUGGAUGAGUCGGAAAUUACCA